AUGGCCCGCAUCUCAUUGGACUGCCAAAGCUCUUUACCGGGGAUCCCCCUCAGUGUGCUGUCAGUGCCCAUGGAGAAUAAAUACAAAUGUCAGCAGUGUCUUCAGGUCCUGAGGAAGCCUGUCCAGGCUCAGUGCGGCCAUCGCUUCUGCGUGCACUGCUUCAAGCAACUCACCAGCUCGGGGCCAAAGCCUUGUGAAGCCUGCCGCCAAGAAGAGAUAUAUGAGGAACCUAUUUCAAUCCUCAAUAGCAAUGAGGCAUUCCCAGACAAUGCUGCAGGGCGAGAGAUAGCAAGCCUGCCUGCCAGGUGUUUGAACCGGGACUGCACGUGGACUGGCUCUAUAAAGGAGUAUGAGGCUCAGCACGAAGGCCGCUGUGAGUAUGAGCAGGUUCAGUGUGAGGCCUGCCAAAGCCAGGUCGUUCGCAGGGAUAUGGACCGACACAAUGAGAGAGAAUGUGAGGCCAGGACCCUCAACUGCAAGUACUGCAAGUUGACAUUCAACUUUAAAGACAUAAAGGCUCACGAUGAGAUUUGCCAGAAGUUUCCCUUACAAUGCAAAGACUGUGGCAAAAAGAAGAUCCCAAGAGAAAAGUUCCAAGAUCACGUCAAGUCCUGCGCCAAGUCAAAGAACGCCUGUCCAUUCAGCGAAGUGGGCUGUAAAUCCGUGAUAGAGAACGGGAAGCUGAGCGACCAUGAGCACAGCAGCGCCAUGGAGCACCUGCGCCUGCUGCUGCCCACGGUGCUGUCCAUGGUCCGGACGCGCGCCGACGGCUCCGGAUCUGGCGAGUGGCAGGAAGACUCUGGCCUGGGGCUGUACAGGGCUCCCGACGAGGGCAGCGGAGCCGCCGCCUCCUCCCAGUCCGUUGACCUGGAGAAAAAAGUGAGCCUCCUCGAAUCAGACGCCAUACCUGUCUCCGCUUUAGAAAACAUCGUGUGCGUCCUGAACCGGGAGGUGGAGCGCAGCUCCCUGACGCUGGAGGCCUUCGCACAUCAGCACCGUUUAGACCAAGAAAAGAUCGAAAGUUUGUCCACCAAAAUACGACAGCUGGAGAGAAUGGUGAACAUGAGGGACUUGCAGCUGUCCGAAACCGAGCAGCUGGUACGGGAGCUCCAGCUCUGCACCUACGACGGGAUUUUUGUCUGGAAGAUCACAGACUUCUCGCGCCGCAGGCAGGAAGCCGUGGCCGGGCGAGCACCGGCCAUGUUCUCACCAGCGUUUUACUCCAGCAAGUACGGCUACAAAAUGUGUCUCAGGCUGUAUUUGAACGGCGAUGGAACGGGGCGAGGAACGCACCUCUCGCUGUUCUUCGUCGUCAUGCGGGGCAAGUGUGACGCGCUGCUCAAAUGGCCCUUCAGUCAGAAGGUGACUCUGAUGUUAUUGGACCAGAACAACAGGGAGCACAUUAUUGAUGCUUUCCGCCCCGAUGUCACCUCCACCUCUUUCCAGCGGCCGAUCAGUGAGAUGAACAUCGCCAGUGGCUGCCCACUCUUCUGCCCACUGGCCAAGCUGGCCGGCAAGAGCCCGUAUCUGAGAGAUGACACCAUUUUCAUCAAGGCCAUAGUGGACCUUACAGGCUUAUAG